GGCGCAGAGCUGGUGAAGGAGCAGGACGAGAGCGGGCGUCGCGGGCCCAGCUGGGAGCAGGCGGCAGCUGAUCCGCAGUCGGGGCUCGAGGGACGCCGCGGCCGCAGGGUCUGCAUUUCAGGGUGUUAUAACACCUGAGCCCUGUUAUCAUUUUCAUCAUGGGCUUCUGCCUGGCUCUGGCAUGGAUACUCCUGGUUGGGCCAUGGACGCCCACAGGAGCUCAGAACCCCAUUUCGUGGGAGGUGCAGCGAUUUGAUGGGUGGUACAACAACCUCAUGGAGCACAGAUGGGGCAGCAAAGGCUCUCGGCUGCAGCGCCUCGUCCCAGCCAGCUAUGCAGAUGGUGUGUACCAGCCCUUGGGAGAGCCCCACCUGCCGAACCCCCGAGAACUUAGCAACACUGCCAUGAGGGGCCCUGCAGGACAGGCCUCCCUGAGAAACCGCACGGUGCUGGGGGUCUUCUUCGGCUACCACUUGCUCUCCGACCUGGUGAGUGUGGAGAGACCCGGCUGCCCUGCAGAGUUCCUCAACAUCCGCAUUCCUCCGGGAGACCCCGUGUUCGACCCCAACCGGAGCGGGGACGUAGUGCUUCCCUUCCAGAGAAGCCGCUGGGACCCCAAAACCGGACAGAGCCCCAGCAACCCCAGGGACCUGACCAACGAGGUGACGGGCUGGCUGGACGGCAGCGCCAUCUAUGGCUCCUCGCACUCCUGGAGCGACGAGCUGCGGAGCUUCUCCGGGGGGCAGCUGGCGUCCGGGCCCGACCCCGCCUUCCCCCGGGACUCGCAGGACCCCCUGCUCAUGUGGACCGCGCCCGACCCCGCCACUGGACAGCGCGGGUCCCAGGGGCUGUACGCCUUCGGGGCGGAGCGAGGCAACCGCGACCCAUUCGUGCAGGCGCUGGGCCUGCUCUGGUUCCGCUACCACAACCUGUGCGCUCAGAGGCUGGCCCGCGAGCACCCGAGCUGGGGGGAUGAGGAGCUGUUCCAGCACGCGCGCAAGAGGGUCAUCGCCACCUAUCAGAACAUCGCUGUGUACGAGUGGCUGCCCAGCUUCCUGCGGAAAAUGCUCCCGGAUUAUGCAGGAUACCGGCCGUUUCUGGACCCCGGCAUCUCCCCGGAGUUCCUGGCAGCCUCUGAGCAGUUCUUCUCCACCAUGGUGCCCCCUGGCGUCUACAUGAGAAAUGCCAGCUGCCACUUCCAGGGGGUCCUCAAUAGGAACUCAAGCAUCUCCAGAGCUCUCCGGGUCUGCAACAGCUACUGGAGCCGAGAGCACCCAAACCUACAAAGAGCUGAAGAUAUGGAUGCGCUGCUGCUGGGCAUGGCCUCCCAGAUCGCUGAGCGAGAGGACAACGUGGUGGUGGAGGACGUGCGAGAUUUCUGGCCCGGGCCACUGAAGUUUUCCCGCACAGACCACCUGGCGAGUUGCCUGCAACGAGGCCGGGAUCUGGGCCUGCCCUCUUACACUGAGGCCAGGGCAGCACUGGGCCUGCCUCCCAUUACCAGAUGGCAGGACAUCAACCCUGCACUCUCCCGUAGUAAUGGCACUGUGCUGGAGGCCAUAGCUGCCUUGUACAAUCAGGACCUGUCCCGGCUGGAGCUGCUCCCUGGGGGGCUUCUGGAGAGCCACGGGGAUCCCGGGCCCCUCUUCAGCGCCAUCGUUCUUGACCAAUUUGUGCGGCUGCGGGAUGGUGACCGCUACUGGUUUGAGAACACCAGGAAUGGGCUGUUCUCGGAGGAAGAGAUAGUAGAGAUCAGAAACACUUCACUACGGGAUAUUCUAGUGGCCGUCACCAACAUGAACCCCAGUGCCCUGCAGCCCAACGUCUUUUUCUGGCAUGCUGGAGACCCCUGCCCGCAGCCAAGACAGCUCAGCACCGAGGGCCUGCCAGCCUGUGCUCCUCCCGUCAUGCGGGACUAUUUUGAAGGCAGUGGAUUUGGCUUCGGGGUCACCAUCGGGACCCUCUGCUGCUUCCCCCUGGUGAGCCUGCUCAGUGCCUGGAUUGUUGCCCAGCUCCGGAGAAGAAAUUUCAAGAAACUCCAGGGCCAAGGCCGCCAGAGCAUCAUGUCUGAGAAGCUUGUGGAGGGAGUGGAAGCAUUGGAAUGGCAGGGCGGCAAGGAGCCCUGCCAGCGUGUGCUCGUGCACCUGCAGCCCGGGCAGAUCCGCGUGGUGGACAGCAGGCUCUCUGUGCUCCGCACCAUCCAGCUUCGGCCCCCGCAGCAGGUCAACCUCAUCCUGUCCAGCAACCGUGGACGCCGCGCCCUGCUGCUCAAGAUCCCCAAGGAGUAUGACCUGGUGCUGCUCUUCAACCUAGAGGAAGAGCGGCAGGCGCUGGUGGAAAACCUUCGGGCAGCUCUGAAGGAGAGUGGGCUGAGCUUCCAGGAGUGGGAGCUGCGGGAGAAGGAGCUGAUGAGGGCAGCUGUGACGCGGGAGCAGCGGAGCCACCUCCUGGAGACCUUUUUCAGGCACCUUUUCUCCCAGGUACUGGACAUCAACCAGGCGGAUGCAGGGACCCUGCCCCUGGACUCGUCACAGAAGGUGCGGGAGGCCCUGACGUGUGAGCUGAGCAGGGCCGAGUUUGCGGAGUCCCUGGGCCUCAAGCCCCAGGACAUGUUUGUGGAGUCCAUGUUCUCUCUGGCUGACAAAGACGGCAAUGGCUACCUGUCCUUCCGGGAGUUCCUGGACAUCCUGGUGGUCUUCAUGAAAGGAUCCCCUGAGGAGAAGUCUCGCCUUAUGUUCCGCAUGUACGACUUUGAUGGGAAUGGUCUCAUUUCCAAGGAUGAGUUCAUCAGGAUGCUGAGGUCCUUCAUUGAGAUCUCCAACAACUGCCUGUCCAAGGACCAGUUGGCCGAGGUGGUGGAGUCCAUGUUCCGGGAGUCCGGCUUCCAGGACAAGGAGGAGCUGACAUGGGAGGACUUCCACUUCAUGCUGCGGGACCACGACAGUGAGCUCCGCUUCACACAGCUCUGCGUCAAAGGAGUGCAGGUGCCUGAAGUCAUCAAGGACUUCUGCCGGAGAGCCUCCUAUAUCAGCCAGGAGAAGAUCUGUCCCUCUCCCAGAGUGAGUGGUCGUUAUCCCCGCAGCGACGUUGAGGUGGAGCUGACACCACAGAAACUGCAGUGCCCCAUGGACAUAGACCCGCCCCAGGAGAUUCGACGGAGGUUUGGCAAGAAGGUAACGUCGUUCCAGCCCCUCCUGUUCACCGAGGCUCACCGAGAGAAGUUUCAACGCAGCCGGCGCCACCAGACGGUGCAGCAGUUCAAGCGCUUCAUCGAGAACUACCGGCGCCACAUCGGCUGCGUUGCCGUGUUCUACGCCAUCGCGGGGGGCCUUUUCCUAGAGAGGGCCUACUACUAUGCCUUUGCGGCUCACCACAUGGGCAUCACAGACACCACCCGUGUGGGCAUCAUCCUGUCGCGGGGCACGGCUGCCAGCAUCUCCUUCAUGUACUCCUACAUCCUGCUCACCAUGUGCCGCAACCUCAUCACCUUCCUGCGAGAGACCUUCCUCAACCGCUACGUGCCCUUCGACGCCGCCGUGGACUUCCAUCGCCUCAUUGCCUCCACUGCCAUCGUCCUCACAGUCUUACACAGUGCAGGCCAUGUGGUGAAUGUGUACCUGUUCUCCAUCAGCCCACUCAGCGUCCUCUCCUGCCUCUUCCCUGGCCUCUUCCACAACAACGGGUCUGAGUUCCCCCAGAAGUAUUACUGGUGGUUCUUCCAGACCGUGCCAGGCCUAACGGGGGUCGUGCUGCUCCUGGUCCUGGCCGUCAUGUACGUCUUCGCCUCCCACCACUUCCGCCGCCAUAGUUUCCGGGGCUUCUGGCUGACCCACCACCUCUACGUCCUGCUCUACAUCCUGCUUAUCAUCCACGGCAGCUUUGCUCUGAUCCAGCUGCCCCGUUUCCACAUCUUCUUCCUGGUCCCGGCGCUAAUCUAUGUUGGGGACAAGCUGGUGAGCCUGAGCCGGAAGAAGGUGGAGAUCAGCGUAGUGAAGGCGGAGCUGCUGCCGUCAGGAGUGACCCACCUGCAGUUCCAGCGGCCCCAAGGCUUUGAGUACAAGUCAGGACAGUGGGUGCGGAUCGCCUGCCUGGCUCUAGGGACCACUGAGUACCACCCUUUCACGCUGACUUCUGCACCCCAUGAGGACACGCUCAGCCUGCACAUCCGGGCAGUGGGGCCCUGGACCACUCGCCUCAGGGAGAUCUACUCACCCUUGACGGGCAACGGCUGUGCCAGAUACCCGAAGCUGUACCUCGAUGGACCAUUUGGAGAGGGCCACCAGGAGUGGCAUAAGUUUGAGGUGUCAGUCCUGGUGGGAGGGGGCAUUGGGGUCACCCCCUUUGCCUCCAUCCUCAAAGACCUGGUCUUCAAGUCAUCAGUCAGCAGCCAAGUGUUCUGUAAGAAGAUCUACUUCAUCUGGGUGACACGGACCCAGCGGCAGUUUGAGUGGCUGGCUGACAUCAUCCGGGAGGUGGAGGAGAAUGACUGCCAGGACCUGGUGUCCGUGCACAUUUACAUCACCCAGCUGGCUGAGAAGUUCGACCUGAGGACCACCAUGCUGUACAUCUGUGAGCGGCACUUCCAGAAGGUGUUGAACCGGAGUCUGUUCACGGGCCUGCGCUCCAUCACCCACUUCGGUCGCCCCCCCUUCGAGCCUUUCUUCAACUCCCUGCAGGAGGUCCACCCACAGGUCAGGAAGAUCGGGGUGUUUAGCUGCGGCCCCCCUGGCAUGACCAAGAAUGUGGAAAAAGCCUGUCAGCUCAUCAACAGGCAGGACCGGACUCAUUUCUCCCACCAUUAUGAGAACUUCUAGGCCUCCUGCCCAGGGGCUCCACCUACUGCCCAGCUGAGCAGAGAGACUGGGGAAAGAGCUGCUCUGGAAGUCCCCCCCCCCAAAUCUGGGGAUGCUCAGCUCCCUCAUCCUGGGGACAUCCUUUCACCCUCCCGCUAACUGGGCCUUGGGCCAAGCCCCCAGCACAUCUAUCCAGCCCUUCAGCCUGGGAUGACAUCAUUGGUGAGGCUGCAGUUCCAUUCCCUCCCUCCAAGAGGACUCGCUCCACUGCCUCUCCCAUCUCCCUGCCACAAUCCGGGAAAUCAGCAUUACUGCCUGGCCCUGCCCACAAGGCGAGGACUCCACUGCUCAGAGCUCUGGCCAGCUCCCAGAUGGCUGGGCGUCCUCAGGCUUAGAGGGAGAGCACUGAGGGGGGGCUCCAGCAAGAACAUUUGUCCAACUACUAUAGGCCUCGUCUGCCAGGCCCAGGUCUGAAACUCACCCACAGGCAAGGAGGAAGCCAUGCUUCAGGGAGCCCUGAAGCCUGGUGUUUGUCUCUGCUGGUCAAGGACAGGGCUCAGAAGCUGGUGUGGGAGGUAGGUCACGAUGCGGAGGCCCCCACCCUUGAGAGGUGAGGCUGGCCAACCUCCUCACUUGCCUCGCCCUUGCCACAAAGAGGGCUCUGACUGGACCCAUUUCCCUAGGCCCACAAGUGAGAAAGCAGAGAGAGUGGGGUGACUGAAGAGAGGAAAGGGAUGGGAGGAAAAAGCAGGCCCUUAAAUCUGUCCCCUCCCCUCCCCCCCAGCGUAUGGUGCCCCAAAGCCUGCUGGGGCCCCAGGACUGGGUGUGUGUGUCAGGGUGUGGAGCCAUCCUUCAUCUGUAGGUCUGAGAUAACGGCUGAGGCUGACAGUGACCAUACAGGCCCCGGGGAAAGGAGCCAAGGACCUGGGGAAAAUGGACAGCCCCUGAGGGCAGUAGAGAGGGGAAGCAGUGAGUGGUCACCCUCCCCUGUCUGCCCUAAGCCAAGGCGCAGGCCCAAGGCUAUGGGUGGCAGCAUGGGCCUGCCUUGCCGGCCCUCUCACACUUUAGGGACAGCCCCCUCCCCACAGGCUACUUGAGGGAAUCACCUCUCCUGAAAACUGUGCAUUAUACUUUCUCCCUGAGGGAAAGAUCUGGCCAAGAAGGGCAACAAGUGGCCAGAGAACUGAGCUGGAAGCUGAGAGCUCAGCCUCUGUCUAGAUCACCCACCUCCUGGGACAAAGUCCCAAGGGUCCAUUAGGACACAGCAGAGCCCUUGCUUGACCCUCAGGGAGCCGGGUGGGACUCUCUGGGCUGCAGGGCCAGAGCUGGCAUGGCUUUUGGAGGAAGCUGUUUAAUUACCAGUGAAAGUCCUUCCUUUACAGAAAGAAGAGAAACCAUAAUUGUAUUUCAGAGAAGCCAUUUAUAUGCAAAUGAGGCCCUGGCAGACAGACGCUGGCGGGGCUGGAUCAGCCUGGGCUGGAGCAGAGUCCAGGCCUGCCUCCCGAUUCGACUCCCCAGGCUAAGGCAGGGCCCAGGAGCCCUGCUCUGCUGAGGGAGCCAGACCCCUGACGUCUGCCUUUGCCUUACACCACAGCAGGCUUGAAGAAGGGUGGAAGUACACAAUAGAACAGCGUGAUUCUCGGAGUCAGACUGAGCUGGGUUCAAAUCCUGCUUUUGGCUCUUUAUUAGCUGGUAGGCUUAAGCAAGUCAUGUAUCUCUUUGAAUCUAUUUUCUGUCUAUAAAAAAAGAGAUUGAUCUUGCAGGAUAGUAGCUCGUUUGGAGAUGGUAUGUAUGCUGCUUGUCACAUUGUAGAUGCUCUAUGAAUCUUAACUAGAAUUUUUAAAGCAACAUACAUUCCUGAAGUUACAGAAAUCAAAUUUUUGACAAAUGAAUUCUUCCUAAAUGCUCCUUUGAUUUUAUGAUAAUUCUCAGACUCCCAGAGAGCUGGCAGAAGAGGCAUCCAUCAACACAUGCUGCAAAGGGAGAAACUGAGGCCCAGGGAGGUUAAGUGAUUUGCCUAGGGCCACAUAGCUAGUUUGAUUAAACCCAAGAAUAAAACUCCGUUCAUCUGACUAGAGUCUGGCGUUUUCCUAUUAACUUUCAGUGAAGUUGAAUAAUUAGCCUCAUAUGUACCUGUUUAGUAGUCCCAAAUGUCCAUAUAUUGGAUUUGAAGUAGGGGUAUACCUGCACUGUAAUGCCCCAGAAAAUGUGGUAGGAAGUGGUACAGCUGCCCCAGGAGUGAUGGGGGGAUGUGAA